GUACGAGGUCUUGCCUUCACCUGCCUAGGUGGACGUUUUCAUGUCUUCGGUCACUCCCUCCCAUCCUUCACAACAACCUUUUUGUUCGUUUCCCUCCCGUGCAGCACGCCCCCAUAUCCUCUCCACGUUGCCCCCGAAUCCUCGACCGGCAGAUUCCGCUGAUCAUUUCUGCCCCUGUGGCAUUCCUAGGUGGACGGCGCCCCUUCCCUUUGAUCAACUGUCGGGACGGUUCCAGCCGACGGAGGGCUUGUCCGCUCCGGGUACGGCCACUGGGGGUGCACACUGCGGCGGACGACGAUGCUCUCGCCUCACGUAAGCUGAGCCCCUGUCUCAGAAAGCACGGAGCGAUAAGGCGUCUCGUAGGACUCUUGCCGGGUUCGGAUAUUCCAACCAAAAGGCCCCCCCGCGCACCCUAGCCGAAGCCACCCUGUCUUCGGGCCGAUGAGCUUCGCGGCUUCAGUCAACCAUCCGAAUCCUUCGGUAGCAUUACUUCUUGGUCAUCCGAGACCAUUCGAUGACGUGGUUGAGUGGGACGUGUUGCCGCGUUCGGAAGAAGGCGUUUUUUUUUUCCCCUUCGAUUCUUUUCUUCUUCUCUGUUUCUGGUCUCUCGCACCCGUCGCCGUGGGAAGGCGGUCGAGAGGGCGUGCGUGCUCCUCCCCCAGUAUUCCGAUCCCGGUCCUUGCCAAACCGGAGUUUCUGGGAAACACUCCCAGUCCGAGCCGGAAGACGAGGGCGAGCGGGGACCCGUUGGUUUCGGGUGAAGGACGCGGGGAUGGUCGUGCCCCGUCUCCGGGCGACCCAGUUAUCUCGGGUGCUAAGGGGUCGUGCUCCGUCCUUCACCGGGCAGCCGGAUGUGGCGACUUUCGACUACUUGGCCUUUGCCAUGUUUCAUCCGGUAAUACUCCGAAGCUCGAGUUUGUUCCCUUGAGGGACCGAUGGAUACAUAUCGUUCCGUCAGAGAUGCCGAUGCAUUUGACUCCUCCCGCUGAAAUGAACCGGAAUGUCUGAUGCCACGACAUCGGACCAUGUUUUGAGUUACGAAGUGUCUGUUUCAUGCAAU